UUAAGGAGGAAGGCGGGGCUUAGAGGUCAAUGUGACCGACCGGUACAUGUGGCUGUCAUGGCUGGGCUGGUGGACUUCAAGAACGAGGAGGAGGUGAAGGGGUUCCUGGACAAUCUGGGUAUAGAGUAUUCCUAUGCGUGCUACAAGGAGAAGCAGCCUGAUGGCUGCCAUCGUUUAGCUGACUACUUGGAAAACAUUAAGAAAGACUUUGCAGCAGCUGCAAAAGUGCUGAAACAGAAUUGUGAAGAGAACGGGCACAGCGAGAGCUGUUAUAAGCUGGGCGCUUAUCACAUAACUGGGAAAGGGGGAGUACCGUUGGAUCUGAAAGCUGCUUAUAACUGCUUCCUAAAAUCCUGCAACAAGGGAGGGAGGAAAUCCUUAGACGCCUGCCAUAAUGUCGGCUUGCUAUUACAGGACGGUCAUGUGAAUGAUAAGAAACCUGACCCCGUUGCUGCCCGAGACUAUUACACAAAGGCCUGCGAUGGCAAAUUCUCUGCAAGCUGCUUUAACUUGAGUGCAAUGUACUUGGAAGGAUCUCCUGAGCUACCCAAGGACAUGAGCAAAGCCCUGUGCUACUCCGAGAGAGCCUGUGACCUGGGGCACAUAUGGGCAUGUGCCAACGCCAGCCGAAUUUACAAACUGGGGGAUGGGGUCAGUAAAGACGGCGCCAAAGCAGAAACCUUGAAAAACCGCGCAAAAGAACUAUACAGAAUGCAGAAGGAAGCUGAGCAGAUAACCUUUGGAGAAUGAAGGACAUAGAAAAGGAUUUUUAUAUAAGAUGUAUAGCUCCUUCUCAAUGUACGAACUGAGUUUAGUACAUCCAAGAGAUUGAUAAUGUAAUGUGUUAAACGUGUUCUCAUCUCAGUCUUUC